UGGCAGGGCACAGGUGCCAAUGGGGUGUCCUCACGCCAGAUAUCCUGGGGACACCUGGUGUACUCCACAGCUCACAUGGCCUCAGGCUGGGGAGGUGCCCCAGUUCACCCCUGGCUCCUCCUGGUGGGUCAGGUCCUGCCUUCUGGACAUAGAGUUGACACGCUUAGCACAGGAAGGGCUCACACUAGAUCAUGGGAUGGGAUGUGCACGCCUACACGUAUGUUCGGGUGUGUGCUUGCCAGUGGGGGGCUGUGCCUGCAUUCAUAUGCCCUUCCCUGCCCCUUCCCCAGGGCUGAAGCUCCCAGCGCCAUGAAGCUUGCCCCAGCAGGACCGGAGCACCGAGGCCCGAGGUCCCAGCCUGCCAUGCUGCUGCCACCACGGAGCCUGCAGGUGCUCCUGCUGCUGCUGCUACUGCUGGCGGGCAUGUGGGCUGAGGCAGGCUCGCCCAGGGUGGGCAGGGGUCUGCAGCCCCCCUUCCGCACCUUCUCAGCCAGCGACUGGGGCCUCACCCACCUAGUGGUGCACGAGCAGACAGGCGAGGUGUACGUGGGUGCGGUGAACCGUAUCUAUAAGCUGUCGGGGAACCUAACGCUGCUGCGAGCCCACGUCACGGGCCCCGUGGAGGACAACGAGAAGUGCUACCCGCCGCCCAGCGUGCAGUCCUGCCCCCACGGCCUGGGCAGCACGGACAACGUCAACAAGCUGUUGCUGCUGGACUAUGCCGCUAACCGCCUGCUGGCCUGUGGCAGCGCCUCCCAGGGCAUCUGCCAGUUCCUGCGGCUGGAUGACCUCUUCAAGCUGGGCGAGCCACACCACCGCAAGGAGCACUACCUGUCCAGUGUGCGGGAGGCAGGCAGCAUGGCGGGCGUGCUCAUUGCCGGGCCACCAGGCCAGGGCCAGGCCAAGCUCUUUGUGGGCACGCCCAUUGAUGGCAAGUCCGAGUACUUCCCUACACUGUCCAGCCGCCGGCUCAUGGCCAACGAGGAGGACGCUGACAUGUUCGGCUUCGUGUACCAGGAUGAGUUUGUGUCAUCGCAGCUCAAGAUCCCGUCGGACACGCUGUCCAAAUUCCCAGCUUUUGACAUCUACUACGUGUACAGUUUCCGCAGCGAGCAGUUUGUCUACUACCUCACGCUGCAGCUGGACACGCAGCUGACCUCGCCCGACGCUGCCGGCGAGCACUUCUUCACCUCCAAGAUCGUGCGGCUCUGUGUGGACGACCCCAAGUUCUACUCGUACGUGGAGUUCCCCAUAGGCUGCGAGCAGGCGGGCGUGGAGUACCGCCUGGUGCAGGACGCCUUCCUGAGUCGGCCAGGCCGUGCCCUGGCCCGCCAGCUGGGCCUGGCCGAGGACGAGGAUGUGCUGUUCACUGUGUUCGCCCAGGGCCAAAAGAACCGCGUGAAGCCGCCCAAGGAGUCCGCGCUGUGCCUGUUCACGCUCAGGGCCAUCAAGGAGAAGAUCAAGGAGCGCAUCCAGUCGUGCUACCGCGGUGAGGGCAAGCUCUCCCUGCCGUGGCUGCUCAACAAGGAGCUGGGCUGCAUCAACUCGCCCCUGCAGAUCGACGACGACUUCUGUGGCCAGGACUUCAACCAGCCCCUGGGGGGCACAGUCACCAUUGAGGGGAUGCCACUGUUUGUGGACAAGGACGAUGGCCUGACUGCCGUGGCUGCCUAUGACUACCGGGGCCGCACUGUGGUAUUCGCCGGCACACGAAGUGGCCGCAUCCGCAAGAUCCUGGUGGACCUUUCGAACCCCGGCGGCCGGCCUGCACUGGCCUAUGAGAGCGUGGUGGCCCAGGAGGGCAACCCCAUACUGCGAGACCUCGUCCUCAGCCCCAACCACCAGUACCUCUAUGCCAUGACCGAGAAGCAGGUGACGCGGGUGCCUGUGGAGAGCUGUGUGCAGUACACGUCCUGUGAGCUGUGUCUAGGGUCACGGGACCCCCACUGUGGCUGGUGUGUCCUGCACAGCAUCUGCUCGAGGCGGGACGCCUGUGAGCGGGCAGACGAGCCCCAGCGCUUUGCGGCGGACCUGCUACAGUGUGUGCAGCUGACUGUGCAGCCACGCAACGUAUCUGUCACCAUGUCCCAGGUCCCGCUCGUGCUGCAGGCCUGGAACGUGCCUGACCUCUCAGCUGGUGUCAACUGCUCCUUUGAGGACUUCACGGAAUCUGAGAGCAUCCUGGAGGACGGCCGGAUCCACUGCCGCUCGCCCUCUGCCCGGGAGGUGGCGCCCAUCACGCGGGGCCAGGGAGACCAGCGGGUGGUGAAACUCUACCUGAAGUCCAAGGAGACGGGGAAGAAGUUCGCGUCUGUGGACUUUGUCUUCUACAACUGCAGCGUCCACCAGUCCUGCCUGUCCUGUGUCAAUGGCUCCUUUCCCUGCCACUGGUGCAAAUACCGCCAUGUGUGCACACACAACGCAGCUGACUGCGCCUUCCUGGAGGGCCGUGUCAAUGUGUCCGAGGACUGCCCACAGAUCCUGCCCUCCACCCAGAUCUAUGUGCCAGUAGGAGUGAUAAAACCCAUCACCCUGGCUGCUCGGAACCUGCCACAGCCACAGUCAGGCCAGCGUGGAUAUGAGUGCCUCUUCCACAUCCCGGGCAGCCCUGCCCGUGUCACUGCUCUGCGCUUCAACAGCUCCAGCCUGCAGUGCCAGAAUUCCUCGUACUCCUACGAGGGGAACGACAUCAGCGACCUGCCGGUGAACCUGUCGGUCGUGUGGAAUGGCAACUUCAUCAUCGACAACCCACAGAACAUCCAGGCACACCUCUACAAGUGCCCGGCCCUGCGGGAAAGCUGUGGACUCUGUCUCAAGGCUGACCCACGCUUCGAGUGCGGAUGGUGCGUGGCUGAGCGUCGCUGCUCCCUACGACACCACUGCACGGCCGACACACCUGUGUCCUGGAUGCACGCACGUCAUGGCAGCAGUCGCUGCGCCGACCCCAAGAUCUUCAAGCUGUCCCCUGAGACGGGCCCGAGACAGGGCGGCACGCGGCUCACCAUCACAGGGGAGAACCUGGGCCUGAGGUUCGAGGACGUGCGUCUGGGCGUGCGCGUGGGCAAGGUGCUGUGUAGCCCUGUAGAAAGCGAGUACAUCAGUGCUGAGCAGAUCGUCUGUGAGAUCGGGGAUGCCAGCUCUGUGCGGGCCCACGACGCCCUGGUGGAGGUGUGCAUUCGGGACUGCUCACCACACUACCGUGCUCUGUCGCCCAAGCGCUUCACCUUCGUAACACCAACCUUCUAUCGUGUGAGCCCCUCCCGAGGGCCUCUGUCAGGGGGCACCUGGAUUGGCAUCGAGGGAAGCCACCUGAACGCAGGCAGUGAUGUGGCUGUGUCGGUCGGCGGCCGGCCCUGCUCCUUCUCCUGGAGGAACUCCCGUGAGAUCCGGUGUCUGACGCCACCCGGGCAGAGCCCUGGUAGCGCUCCCAUCAUCAUCAACAUCAACCGUGCCCAGCUCACCAACCCCGAGGUGAAGUACAACUACACCGAGGACCCCACCAUCCUGAGGAUCGACCCCGAGUGGAGCAUCAGCAGCGGUGGGACCCUCCUAACAGUCACGGGCACAAACCUGGCCACUGUUCGUGAACCCCGAAUCCGGGCCAAGUACGGAGGCAUUGAGAGGGAGAACGGCUGCCUGGUGUACAAUGACACCAUCAUGGUGUGCCGUGCCCCGUCUGUGGCCAACCCUGUGCGCAGCCCACCGGAGCUCGGGGAGCGGCCGGAUGAGCUGGGCUUCGUUAUGGACAACGUGCGCUCCCUGCUUGUGCUCAACUCCUCCUCCUUCGUCUACUACCCUGACCCCGUACUGGAGCCGCUCAGCCCCACUGGCCUGCUGGAGCUGAAGCCCAGCUCCCCACUCAUCCUCAAGGGCCGGAACCUCUUGCCGCCUGCGCCCGGCAACUCCCGACUCAACUACACAGUGCUCAUUGGUUCCACACCCUGCACCCUCACCGUGUCGGAGACGCAGCUGCUGUGCGAGGCGCCCAACCUUACGGGGCAGCACAAGGUCACGGUGCGGGCUGGCGGCUUUGAGUUCUCGCCAGGGACACUGCAGGUGUACUCGGACAGCCUGCUGACGCUGCCUGCCAUCGUGGGCAUCGGCGGGGGCGGAGGUCUUCUGCUGCUGGUCAUUGUGGCCGUGCUCAUCGCCUACAAGCGCAAGUCACGAGACGCCGACCGCACACUCAAGCGGCUGCAGCUCCAGAUGGACAACCUGGAGUCCCGCGUGGCCCUCGAGUGCAAGGAAGCCUUUGCAGAGCUGCAGACAGACAUCCAUGAGCUGACCAAUGACCUGGACGGUGCAGGCAUCCCCUUCCUUGACUACCGGACAUACGCCAUGCGGGUGCUCUUUCCUGGGAUCGAGGACCACCCUGUGCUCAAGGAGAUGGAGGUGCAGGCCAAUGUGGAGAAGUCACUGACACUGUUCGGGCAGCUGCUGACCAAGAAGCACUUCCUGCUGACCUUCAUCCGCACGCUGGAGGCACAGCGCAGCUUCUCCAUGCGCGACCGUGGGAAUGUGGCCUCACUCAUCAUGACGGCCCUGCAGGGCGAGAUGGAAUAUGCCACCGGCGUGCUCAAGCAGCUGCUGUCCGACCUCAUCGAGAAGAACCUGGAGAGCAAGAACCACCCCAAGCUACUGCUGCGCCGGACUGAGUCAGUGGCAGAGAAGAUGCUGACCAACUGGUUCACCUUUCUCUUGUAUAAGUUCCUCAAGGAGUGUGCCGGGGAGCCACUGUUUAUGCUAUACUGCGCCAUCAAGCAGCAGAUGGAGAAGGGCCCCAUCGAUGCCAUCACGGGUGAGGCACGCUACUCCCUGAGUGAGGACAAGCUCAUCCGGCAGCAGAUUGACUAUAAGACGCUGACCCUGAACUGUGUGAACCCUGAGAACGAGAAUGCGCCUGAGGUGCCAGUGAAGGGAUUGGACUGUGACACGGUCACCCAGGCCAAGGAGAAGCUGCUGGAUGCCGCCUACAAGGGCGUGCCCUACUCCCAGCGGCCCAAGGCCGCAGACAUGGACCUGGAGUGGCGCCAGGGCCGCAUGGCGCGCAUCAUCCUUCAGGAUGAGGAUGUCACCACCAAGAUUGACAAUGAUUGGAAGAGGCUGAACACACUGGCUCACUACCAGGUGACAGAUGGGUCCUCGGUGGCACUGGUGCCCAAGCAGACGUCUGCCUACAACAUCUCCAACUCCUCCACCUUCACCAAGUCCCUCAGCAGAUACGAGAGCAUGCUGCGUACGGCCAGCAGCCCGGACAGCCUGCGCUCGCGCACGCCCAUGAUCACGCCCGACCUGGAGAGUGGCACCAAGCUGUGGCACCUGGUGAAGAACCAUGACCACCUGGACCAGCGUGAGGGCGACCGCGGCAGCAAGAUGGUCUCGGAGAUCUACCUGACGCGGCUGCUGGCCACCAAGGGCACACUGCAGAAGUUUGUGGAUGACCUGUUUGAGACCAUCUUCAGCACAGCACACCGGGGCUCGGCCCUGCCGCUGGCCAUCAAGUAUAUGUUCGACUUCCUGGACGAGCAGGCCGACAAGCACCAGAUUCACGAUGCCGACGUGCGCCACACCUGGAAGAGCAACUGCCUGCCCCUGCGCUUCUGGGUGAAUGUGAUCAAGAACCCGCAGUUUGUGUUCGACAUUCACAAGAACAGCAUCACAGAUGCCUGCUUGUCGGUGGUGGCCCAGACCUUCAUGGAUUCCUGCUCCACUUCUGAGCACAAGCUGGGCAAGGACUCGCCCUCUAACAAGCUGCUCUAUGCCAAGGACAUCCCCAACUACAAGAGCUGGGUGGAGAGGUACUAUGCGGACAUCGCCAAGAUGCCAGCCAUCAGCGACCAGGACAUGAGCGCAUACCUGGCAGAGCAGUCCCGCCUGCACCUGAGCCAGUUCAACAGCAUGAGCGCCUUGCAUGAGAUCUACUCCUAUAUCACCAAGUACAAGGAUGAGAUCUUGGCAGCCUUGGAGAAGGAUGAGCAGGCACGGCGGCAGCGGCUGCGGAGCAAGCUGGAGCAGGUGGUAGACACGAUGGCCCUGAGCAGCUGAGCCCCGGCUGUGACUGUCCAGCAGGACGCAGCACGAGGGUGGCCAAGCAGGGACCAGGGCAGCCCUCGCCGCAUGCGCGUGCAGUGUCUGGUGGCGCUCAGGCCGCCGCAGUGCAGCGACUGACCGGCCCUCCCUCCCCUGUCUCGCCCGGCCGGGUCCCGGCUCUUCCUGUGUGGAGGUGAUGGUACCUGCCACGCCACAGCUGUACACACAGCUGCUUGCUCAGGGGCCGGGGCAGCACUGGGUGCCCAGGCCGGCCAAGGACCUUCAUUGCCUGGCAAGAGUUGCCUGGUGGCCUUCAUGAGAGAAGGGCUGACCUCUGAGGGGCUGAGGGGUGAGGCCAGGACCCUCCAAGGGGGAGGGGUAGCCAGCUUGGGCUGUCCCCUUGAGACCAGGACAAGAGGCUGGGGGUGUCAGCAUUCCUAGCUUCCCAAGCUGCCCCCAGCUGGCAGAGUCUGAGGGUCCAGGGACCCAGUUGGCAGCUGGAGAAAGAGGCGAAAGCCCAUGGCUGGGCAAGAGGAGCUCACGUUGGUCUGGGCCUGUUGCCACCCGCCUCCCCCAUCCAGCACCCAUGCCUGCUGUACCGCUGCCAUCCUCAGAUUCACCGCGUGCUCUGCGCGGCAGAGGCCGGAGUGCCACAUCCACCUCGCCCCAGAGAGGCCAUGCUCCCUCCUAUGGAGGGACUGCGGGCCAGGCUGCUCAGACUCCUGGGUGGCUUCCAGAUGGACCGGGCGGCCCCUCUCUGUCCUCAGGGCUAUGCCUCUGGGAGCCAUUGGGCCAGGGGCCCCAGGUCACAGAGAGCACGUUCCCGUUAUUUAUUCCCCUUCGAGUCCUACAUGGGCUGCCCUGGCAGCUGCCUUCAAGGGUAAGGCCGAGCUCCCUGCUGUGGAGCCCCCGAGGGCAGCCCCUGAGCACUCCUCUCCCUCCACUCCUUGCCCCAGCGGCUUCCAGUGUGGCGUCUCAGCAGUGUCCUGGCCCUUCCAGUGCGGUGAGACAUCUGGGGACUGUUUUGUUUUUAGGGGAGAAAAAUUCCGCUGCACUCUGCUUGGGCCUUGAGUUCUGUGGCAUAGCCCCUCCAGCCCACAGUGGCCUGGAUCUAUCUGGGCCGUGAAUGACGGGCAGUGACCAGAAGGACUGGAGGCCAGUGGUGUCCACCCUUGCCCUCAGCAAGAGAGAAUGCAUUCUUAAAAGAAAGCUGUACAUGUAUAUAUAUGCACAUAUAUAUAUGUGGCUCUAGCCUCAGGCUCCAGCCCCAGUGGGGUACUGUACAGUUAACUGAAGAGGAAUUUUAAAGACAAUUUAGAACAAGAAAAUGAAGGCAGUGGGAAAACAAUGCCAAAUGGUUGUGGAGAAAGUGGCCGCAGCCUCCCUGGAGUGGAGCAGCCCUGAAGCCUGUGCCCUCAACCUGCGAGCCGCUGUUUUGGUUUGAUGUGACAUGGAAAGGACUUCCUGCCGACCCUGAGAGCCUCCGGGUGCCACGGCCCUGCGGGGCAUGCAUGAUUGUGCUAGCGUUUAGUCUGAGUUGAUCUUUUUAAAACUGCAAGUGUUGAAUACUAGAGGUUGUUAGACCCUUUUUUAUGUUUUUUAAUUAAUCAGUCACUUGUAAAAGCAAACAAGCGGUCCAUCCCCUUUUCAAGGUCACUUUUUUGAUGGUACUGAAGAUCCCACAGACUUUAAGGGACAGCUAACUGUGGCCAGACCCAGCCCCGUGUCCUCAGCCAGGCCUGAGGAGAGCACUUGGCCCCAGGGGGUGCCAGUCUUGCAAUCCACCCCUCCUGAGCAGCUUGAGCCAGACACCACCAUAGAGACCCGCCCCUCCCCUGAACACGGGUCAGUGUGGAAUCGGUGACUGCUGACUCAGGGAGCUCCUUGGCCCCUUGGGCACUGUGCCAGGGCUGGGGCCUCCUGCUGCUGUCAUACCCAGCUCAGGCCUGGGUCAGCUUCCACCCCCAGCGGACUGAGAGGGUGGGCUCACUCUCUGGGCAGACUUGGGGGCCAGAGCCGAGGCCAGUCCAUAUGGUGGCUGGGCUGUUUUUUCAGUAGUCCCUAGUGUUGGCUGGGAUUCCCAUCCCUGGGUGCGCCUCCACCUCCCUUCUGAUGCUUCCUGGCCAUGGCGGGGUGGGAGCCUCAGUUUCCCCCAAAGUCUUCCCUGGAUGCUGGCUUCAGGUUGAAGCCCCUGGUUCUUCCAGUUCCUCAUGGGUCAGGUAGGGGCUCCUGCAUCACCUUCGGAAUCCAGUUCCAACCCUCACCCUCCUUAGGACUUGCGCCCUGCUGGGCCCUGCCAGGCUGCCCUUGUCCAUGUGAGUAUCAUGGGCGGGUGGUGGGGACGGCAGUGGUGAUAAAGGGGGUGCACCCACAGGCCCCGUGUGGAAUGGUUCCCACGGGGCGUGUGGCUGGGAUGUGGCCACCGCAGAGCACAUGGCCGUGUCUAGGCGCAAGCACUUUAGCAGUAUCUGUUUACAUGCGCAAGUAUCAAGCCGACUCUACCCGUGUUGUCUACUGGGACAGCAGUCUCUGAGCUACUCCAUACCUCCCUCCGCCAGGUUGUGGAGUUGGGGCCCAGUUCCCACUUGUCACUGGUUCCCACUGUGCUCCAAGCUAUGCAGCACCCGGGAGCUCUGGCCUGGGGCUGGGGUCCCUGGUUGGAGCUGGGGUUUGAGUCUACUCUGUGCCCAGCAGCGGUGAGCGGCUCCCAUGGGCCCUGUGUCUGCAGGGAGCCAGGGCUGCACACAGGUGCUGUGAAACUGACACCCACCUGGCGUCCUGCUGACGCCACUUGCUUUCCACAGCACCUCCUACCCUGCUCCGUGUCCUCCCUCUUUCCGCGCCUGGCUCAGGAGUGCUAGGACAGCUCACGCCUCGGCCUGGGAGCCUGGCCUCUUGAUAUACCUCAAGCUUCCUCCGUGCUCCCUAGCCCCAGGACCACUGGCCCCUUGGCCUGAGGGACUGGGAGCCCCAAGACCUGCAGUGUCGAGUCUGGGGCAGGGCCCUGAGCGGCAUGCCAUCCCAGCUCGGCCUUGCCAAGAGCCUCCGCCCUGGCUUUCUCCCUAUUCUGGAUUCAGUGGCUCACGUUGGUGCUACACAGCUAGAAUAGAUAUAUUUAGAGAGAGAGAUAUUUUUAAGACGAAGCCCACAAUUAGCUGUCCUUUAACGCUGCAGAACCCCCUCCCAGAAGAAGAGCGAUCCCUCCAAUGGUCCAGGCGGGCACCCUCAGCCGGGGCUCCUAGCAGAAGCAGCGCCGCUGACCGCAGGUCCGGCCCUCAGAUGUGUACAUAUACAGCUAUUUCCUAUUUUACUGUUCUUCAGAUUUAGUACUUGUAAAUAAACACACACAUUAAGGAGAGAUUAAACAUUUUUGCUAAAA